CGGCUUUAAAACAGUGGAGUUGCAGAGUCCCCAUCGAAUACAUCGUUUUGUUCAACAGGAGACCAUCGGUGUGAGUCUGUUCAGUUCAAGUCGUUCCAAAGUCCAUCUCGAUUUAUUGCAGUCACUUUUCUUGAGCUGCACAAUCCGUAUUCUAGUUAUACGUUCAAUAGUACAAGAGAAAUUUGUUUCUUUUUAAUAAGUUCUACUGCUGUGAACCAGGUCAAGUGAAACUGAAAUCAGCGAAUUACCGAGAGAAUGGUAUCUGCUACCGAAAAUCAACUUCGCUAUGAGGGCCGCGUUGUGGUCGUCACAGGCGCCGGGGCCGGAUUGGGCCGAGAGUAUGCCCUGCUGUUUGGAUCACGUGGUGCCAAAGUGGUAGUAAACGAUUUGGGCGGUAACUUCCACGGACAAGGAAAAUCCAAUGCAGCCGAUGUUGUUGUGGAAGAGAUUCGUUCGGCCGGUGGAACCGCCGUGCCCGAUUACAAUUCCGUUGUCGAUGGUGAAAAAAUUAUCCAGACUGCGAUGGAAGCAUUCGGUAGGAUCGAUGUACUGAUCAACAAUGCAGGAAUCCUGCGGGAUCGGAGUCUCGCUCGCAUUUCCGAUGAUGAUUGGAAUCUGAUUCAUGAUGUGCACAUGAAGGGAAGCUUCAUGACCACCAGGGCUGCCUGGCCGAUCAUGAAGAAACAGAACUUUGGUCGCAUUAUUAUGACUUCGAGUAACUCCGGCGUUUAUGGAAAUUUCGGCCAAGCAAACUACAGCGCGGCUAAGUUGGGCCUGGUGGGAUUGGCCAAUACGGUUGCCAUAGAGGGGGAAAAGAACAACAUCCACUGUAAUGUGAUUGUACCAACGGCAGCAUCCAGAAUGACGGAAGGAAUUUUACCUGAGAUCCUGUUUAACGAAUUGAAACCAAAACUAAUCGCUCCGGUUGUUGCAUAUCUGUGCCACGAAUCCUGCGAAGACAAUGGAACCAUCAUCGAGAGUGCGGCUGGUUGGGCAACGAAGGUACACUUUGUGCGAGGAAAGGGCUCCGUUUUGCGAACAUCGAUCGAUGAGGAUGUCACUCCAGAGUACGUCCGUAACGUUUGGGACAAGGUGACCGACAUGUCUGGCGCGAAGCAUCUGAACGCCAUCGGGGAGGCAAGCCUAUCUUUAGUCGAUGUGCUAGAAAAGCUGCGUGAAGGAAAAUCGGCAGAGAAUUCCGUUACCGAAACCUUCAAGUUCAAUUUCAAGGACGUUGUUCUUUAUGCCUUGGGCGUCGGUGCGACGGUCACCGAUCAAAGCGAUCUACGUUUCCUGUAUGAAAAUCAUCCGGAUUUCUCGGCACUUCCCACUUUCUUCAUUCUUCCUGGUCUUUUAUCAGUGAUGGGUUCUGAUCUAACCGCCAAGGCUAUUCCGCAUGCCAAUUUUGAUUUGACAAACAUUCUGCAUGGUGAGCAGUACAUUGAGUUGUUCGACUCUGUCCCAACGGAUGGUGUGUUGACAACGACGAGCUCCGUACUCGAUGUUCUGGAUAAGAAGUCCGGCGCUUUGGUCAUCACGCAAUCCGAAUCGUUCGACGAAAACGGUUCUUUGGUAGCACGGGGCCAAAGCAGCACAUUUGUUGUCGGCGCAGGCAACUUCAAUGGAAAAUCGAAACCGAUUCCGGAGGUCAAAGCCUUGGCCGCCAAUCCGAAACGUUCGCCUGACGCUUCAGUUCAAGUCAAGACCAGUAAGGAUCAAGCGGCUUUGUACCGAUUGUCCGGCGAUUUGAACCCACUGCACAUCGAUCCGAGCUUCUCCGCUAUCGCUGGGUACAAAACGCCAAUUCUGCAUGGCCUUUGCACAAUGGGCAUUUCCGUGAAAGCAGUUCUCAAGCAAUAUGGCAACGACGAUUCCAACUUGUUCAAAGCAGCUAAAGUGCGUUUCUCAAAGCCAGUAUUGCCAGGUCAAACGCUGCGUGUCGAUAUGUGGAAGGAAGCAAACAAUCGAGUCUGCUUCCGCACGGUUGUGGUCGAUACCAACACGGAGGUCCUUUCCGGUAAGUUUACUUUUUGUUAUAUGUUUAUCACUAUAUGAAUCCACUAGCCCAGA